AGUAUUUUGUGAAACAUUUUAGAUCCCAAAUAGUAUCAAAUCGGGUAUGUGGCCCGGUUAAUUGUAUCUCCUCAAACUUGAGCCCGGACUCUUGACUCUUCUAUUUGCUUUGUUUCAAGCCUCUUUCCUUGGACAUUUCACUCCUGCUAGAUUUCCAGGAACCACUGAGGCAACUUUCUCUGAAACAGUGAUGUCGCUGGUUAGAUCCCUGUAUCGUUCUUCUACAAGUAUCAGAUAUCUUUUUUAUCAUCAAACUUCUCGUUCCUUCUUCGGUCUUUCGCCUUGCUCUUCAUCUACCUCUUUGAAUUCUGUCUCUUCAGAUCUCAGGUCUCCCUUUGGAACGGCAUUUGGAGGCCUCCGUGCUUUCAGUCAAGAUGUGGCUCCUAUGCCUGACAUAAAAGACUCUGAUAUUAAAGCUGCAUUCAAGAACUUCAUAGCUGCAGAUUGGGGGGAACUUCCAAACUCUCUCAUUCAUGAUGCGUCUAAGGCCUUGUCCAAGGAUUCUGAUGAUGUAGGGAAGGAGGCUUUGAAAAAUGUAUUCCGUGCGGCUGAAGCAUCAGAAGAGUUCAUUGGGACUCUUGAGACCUUGAAAAUGGCAAUUGAUGAUCUUGUUGGAUUGAGUGGCGAGAACGUGAAGCCGUUACCGGAGCAUUAUGCCCAGGCAUUGAAGACAGCUUACGAUCGCUAUAGCAAGUAUUUGGAUUCUUUUGGUCCUCAUGAGUUCUAUCUGAAGAAGAAAGUAGAGUCAGAGUUGGGUAGGAGGAUGAUUCAUCUAAAGAUGAGGUGCGGUGGCCUCAAUUCUGAAUGGGGAAAGGUGACUGUUCUUGGAACUUCUGGAAUAUCUGGUUCAUACGUUGAGCAAAGAGGACCAUAGUUGCGAAUCAUCUGAUCUUGCAAUUGAAUGGAUUGUAUUCAUCCUAGAUAUAGAAUCUCAUUCGAAGCUGCAUAGCAUUUUGAAUAAAAGACUUGGUAAAUUUUCUUGAUGCUGUUGUUCAAGGUUUAGCUGGAAAAUAGGGCAUCUUGGAGUGUUGUUAAUUGUUAUAAUAAUCAAUAACGUUUCAAGUUAGUGAUUACAAUCUUGAAGAUUCUGUUUCGAUUGUUAGAAUGUAAUCUGCAAUAACUUGUCGUUUUUAUCGACUAACGAAGGUAAGUUUCACAGUUUUAAUUUGUUAAUGGUCAUUAUGUUAGCUCAUAAA